AUGCAGGACCUCACUGUGACGUCUGCAACGGCCACAAAAUAUCGGAUGGGCAGGCGCACGGUCAUCCAAUUGUCCCCUUCCUCCAGCCUAUUUUCCUCUACCUCUGUAAAGACUACACUUCUUCUGCCACCCAAAGUCCCACUUCUUCGCUUUCCACACGGAACUAGACCUAUAGAUCACAGUGGCCGCUGCGAUAGGGCCACUGUAGCUGAGAGGCGCAACGCCACAGACAAACCAAAAUUCUGGGCGCGUUAUGUGGAUGACACGUUCAUCGCCAUCGAAAGGGAUCAGGUGCUCACGUUCAUGGAACGUCUCAACAGCGUCUUCCGGGACAUCCAACUUACAAUGAAGGAGGAAGAGAACAACCAGCUGACUUUCCUUGAUGUCCUCGUGUGUCACAAAGAUUGUGGUUGUCUAAAGACUAAAGCAUUCAGGAAAGUGACAAACUCGAUGCAAGUACUGAAUAACAACAGCAACCACCUAGUCAGCCACAAACGCAGUUGCGUAAGGACGUUCUAUCAGCGUGUCGAGACGCAUUGCAGCGAACCAGAAGACAAAAUUGCCAAAGUACAAUUCCACACAUUCAUAUUUGAUGAGGCCGAGAUUCUCCGCAAGAGGUGA